AUGACAAGUAUUUAUACAUCAGAUUUGAAAAACCAUAGACGUGCGCCACCUCCACCAAAUGGAUCGACUGGUUCUGGAUCAAGUUCUGGUUCUGGUGCAGGCUCUGGUCCUGGUCCUGGUUCUGGCGGUUUGGCUAAUAUUAUUACAAGUUCCAAUAGUCUUGGUGUAACUGCAAAUCAAACCAAACCUAUUCAAUUGAAUAUAAAUUCUAGUAAACGUCAAUCUGGUUGGGUCCAUGUUAAAGACGAUGGUAUUUUCACAUCAUUCAGAUGGAACAAACGGUUUAUGGUUAUCAACGACAAAACUUUGAAUUUUUAUAAACAAGAACCAUAUUCUAGUGAUGCUAAUUCUAGUACUAAUACCCCUGAUUUAUCAUUCCCACUAUAUUUAAUUAGUAAUAUUAAUUUGAAACCAAAUUCUGGUUACACUAAAACUUCCCAAUCAUUUGAAAUUGUUCCUAAAAAUAAUAAUAAAUCAAUUUUGAUAUCUGUUAAAACUAAUAAUGAUUAUUUGGAUUGGCUAGAUGCAUUCACCACAAAAUGUCCUUUGGUACAAAUUGGUGAAAAUAAUAGUGGUGUAGCCACUUCUCAUCCUCAUUUACAAAUUCAACAUUUGACCAAUAGUUCUUUAAAUGGUAAUUCAUCUUCAUCACCAACAUCUGGGUUGUCUCCAUCGUCGGUGCUAACUGGAGGUAAUUCUGGGGUUUCUGGUCCUAUUAAUUUUACUCAUAAAGUACACGUGGGAUUUGAUCCUGCCAGUGGUAAUUUCACUGGAUUGCCGGAUACUUGGAAAAGUUUAUUACAACAUUCCAAAAUCACUAAUGAGGAUUGGAAGAAGGACCCUGUUGCUGUCAUUGAAGUUUUAGAAUUUUAUUCUGAUAUAAAUGGAGGUAAUUCUGCUGCUGGAACACCAAUUGGGUCACCAAUGAUUAAUUCAAAAACUAAUAACGAUCCUAACAAUUAUCUGUCAAAUAAAAACAAUGUUCAAGAAGCAAAUUUACAAGAAUGGGUAAAACCUCCUGCGAAAUCUACAGUUUCACAAUUCAAACCUAGUCGAGCUGCACCAAAACCCCCGACUCCAUAUCAUUUAACACAAUUAAAUGGUUCAUCCAAUCUACCUGCAUCAACGUCUACUUCAUACCUUGGUUCUGGGAAUAAUAAUAGUAACAACAAUAACAAUAAAAGUGUUUCACCUUUGAAUAAUUUGAUGAAUAAAUCAGAACUUGUUCCUGCUAGAAGAGCACCACCACCUCCAACAAGUGCCACUUCUUCAGAUCCAUAUUCUAAUAAAACCCAUCAAGAUAGAUCUGGAUAUGAACAACAACGUCUGCAUCGUAAUGACCCAUCACAACAACAGCAACAACAGCAACAGCAACAACAGCAACAACAAAAGCAGCAUCAUUAUCAACAGAAAUCCCAACAACAACAAAAGCAACCAUUAUCUCUGCAUCAAGGUGGACCAUCACAUAUUCCGAAACAAGUACCUCCCACAUUACCAUCAGCCGGACCACCCACUCUGGCUUCUUCUUCUUCAUCUUCAGGAAAAUCCAUGCCUUCUAAAAUUCAUCCUGAUCUUAAGAUUCAACAAGGCACAAAUAAUUAUAUUAAGAGUAGCGGUGCUAAUACUAGCCAAGUUGAUGCUGAAGCUAAGCAAUUUAUCAAACCAUUUAAUUUACAACUGAAAAAGAGUCAGCAACAAUUGGCAUCAAAACAACCUUCACCACCUUCAUCUCAACAGCAACAACAACAGCAACAACAAAAACCAAUGGGAAUGCAUGGAUUAAUGGGCACUUCACAUUCAGUUACUAAACCAUUGAAUCCAGUUAAUGAUGCAAUCAAACCAUUAAAUUUGAAAUCAUCCAAAUCUAAAGAAGCAUUGAAUGAAGCUCUGCUGGUGCUGAAAACGCCAUCACCAACAGAUAAAUCAAAUAAACCAACAGCUCCUACCACGGGUCCAGCAGUGACCAAGACGGCUAAACAACUUAAGAAAGAACGUGAAAGAUUGAAUGAUUUACAAAUCAUUGCUAAAUUGAAAACAGUGGUUAAUAAUCAAGAUCCUAAACCUUUAUUUAGAAUUGUUGAAAAAGCUGGUCAAGGAGCUAGUGGUAAUGUUUAUUUAGCGGAAAUGAUAAAAGAUAAUAAUCGUAAGAUUGCCAUAAAACAAAUGGAUCUUGAUGCUCAACCACGUAAGGAAUUAAUUAUUAAUGAAAUUUUGGUUAUGAAAGAUAGUCAACAUAAAAAUAUUGUUAAUUUUUUGGAUUCAUAUUUAAUUGGUGAUAAUGAAUUAUGGGUAAUUAUGGAAUAUAUGCAAGGUGGAUCAUUAACAGAAAUCAUUGAAAAUAAUGAUUUUAAAUUGAAUGAAAAACAAAUUGCCACCAUUUGUUUUGAAACCUUAAAGGGGUUACAACAUUUACAUAAGAAACAUAUUAUUCAUCGUGAUAUUAAAUCCGAUAAUGUUUUAUUAGAUGCUUAUGGUAAUGUCAAGAUUACUGAUUUUGGAUUUUGUGCCAAAUUAACUGAUCAAAGAAAUAAACGUGCCACUAUGGUGGGGACGCCAUAUUGGAUGGCCCCUGAAGUGGUUAAACAAAAAGAAUAUGAUGAAAAAGUUGAUGUUUGGUCAUUAGGUAUUAUGACUAUUGAAAUGAUUGAAGGAGAACCACCAUAUUUAAAUGAAGAACCAUUAAAAGCAUUAUAUCUUAUAGCUACUAAUGGUACACCAAAAUUGAAAAAACCAGAAUUAUUAUCUAAUUCAAUUAAGAAAUUUUUAUCAAUUUGUCUUUGUGUUGAUGUUAGAUAUCGAGCUAGUACUGAUGAAUUAUUAGAACAUUCAUUUAUUCAACAUAAAUCAGGGAAAAUUGAAGAAUUGGCUCCAUUAUUAGAAUGGAAAAAGCAACAACAACAAAAACAUCAACAUCAUAAACCAGAGACACUGGAUACAGGAUUUGCAUAG